AUGUUCAAAAGAUCAUUUAGCAUGACUGUAGCAAAGGCCACUGCCUCUAUUCCACCUCGCCACUUGGUUAGUAUUCUGCAGCUUUCUAAGGAAGAGUUUAUCAAUUUGGUUAACAAAGCUGAGUACUUGAAGAAUGUGGUGAAAUCUAACGAUAUCACCACUAUCAAGAAAAACCAUGACCAGUUGCUCGGAAAAGUGGUGGCUCUCUUGUUCUCCAAGAGAUCUACUCGUACCAGAAUUUCUACCGAGGGUGCUGCUGCUCAUUUUGGUGCUCAACCCAUGUUCUUGGGUAAAGACGAUAUUCAAUUGGGUGUUAAUGAGUCCAUGUACGAUACCACCAAGGUGAUCUCGUCCAUGACCUCAUGUAUUUUUGCUCGUGUCAACAGACACCAGGAUAUCCUUGACUUGUGCAAGGACUCCAGCGUUCCUAUCAUCAACUCGUUGUGUGACAUGUACCACCCAUUGCAAGCCAUCGCUGAUAUUUUAAGUGUGAAGGAAGCGUUUGGCAAGACAGAGGGCUUGAAAUUGGCUUGGAUUGGUGACGCUAACAAUGUGAUCAACGACUUAGCCAUUGCUGCUCUUAAGGUUGGUAUUUCUGUUUCGAUUCUGACUCCACCUUCUGUAACCUUCGAUGCUUCCGUUUCUCAAACCGCUAAGGAGAUCGUUCUGGAAAGCAAUGGUAAGCUCUCUUUUGAGUUGGUCAACAAUCCAAACGACGCCUUGAAAGGUGCUAACGUCAUUGUCACGGAUACUUGGAUCUCCAUGGGAGAAGAGGCAGAAAAGGAGCUGAAAUUGAAGCAGUUUGCUGGCUAUCAAAUUACCCAGGAAAUGUUGGCCAAAGGCAAGGUUGCUGACAACUGGAAGUUCAUGCACUGCUUGCCCAGACAUGCUGAGGAGGUUGCUGACGAUGUCUUCUACAGCGAGAACUCCAUUGUUUUUCCUGAGGCUGAGAACAGAUUAUAUGCUGCCAUGGCAGUCAUUGAGGCAUUUGUGAUCAACAAGGGUGACUUGUUGAAGUAA